GGCUCAGGAAGUAACGACAGCUCUUUUUGAGAACUUCAACACAUUGCAGUCUCGUUCUCAGUCUCAAAGAUUCCAAGUUUAUCAGUUACUGAAUGAAUUGAUGUUCAAUCACCGAGCUGGUACGUUCUGACCCAGAUUGGUUGUUCCCUUCCCGAUCUUGACCAAUGCAGUUUUACACGAGAUGGGCGAUACUUCCCUCGUGGGAAUCGUGGACCUUAUGACAGGAGAGAAGGAUCCGCGAAACCUGAUGCUAGUAUUCUCCAUCCUCAAAGUGGUCAUGGUCGAAUGGGAUAUUACAAAUCAUGUCGCGAUGCUCUUUGAAUCCGUCUACAACUAUUUCCCCAUCACAUUCAGACCACCUCCAAAUGACCCGUACGGAAUCACUGCACAGGAUUUGAAAGACCGGCUACAAGAUUGUAUUUCCUCAACGAGCCUCUUUGCCCCCCAUUCUAUCCCGGCAUUGUUGGACAAACUUGACUCGACUUCACAAAAUGUCAAGAAAGAUGCUCUGAACGCCGUGAUCGCUUGUAUUAAUUCAUAUAGCCCAGAUACAGUGUCUAAGUACUCGAUCACAAUAUGGGAGACUCUGAAGUUCGAGAUCCUUAACGCCCAAGAAGAGUUUCUUUCUGAGCUCUCCCUCCAGGCGUUGCAUGACAUCGCAAAGCGCCUGUCUGAAGGAGUUACCCAGGUGUCUGAUCAAAUUCCCCUUGCACAAUAUCUCCGCCCAAUUACCAAGGAGUGCAACGAGCAGCUGCGAGAGCCUCAACACAAGCAGGCAAAACCAGCCCAGCAAAUCCUCAAAUCUACGUCUGAGGCCUCUGCAGCGUCGUUCUCUUUGAUAGUGCAGGUUGUUAUUGCGCCUCUGUUGACGAUCUACCAGGAAGCUGAUGGAAUUGCUAUGCAAAGAGCCCUUCUGGAGACAUUAACAAUGCUCUUUGAAUCUGCGAUCACGGUGUUCGGGGAAUGGACCGCCAGAACCCCUGAGAUUACUGCGGAGAAUCCUCUCAAUGAAUUCAAGGAUCAGUUCUCGGAUAUUUUUGGCCAAGCAUUAAUGGGCACAGUCAAAGAGGAGGUUUCCUUCCGUAUCUCUGCUUUGAAAGGCUUCCUGCGCUUAUCAACACUGAGAAAUUACUUCCAUGAUACCGAAAUCGGCUUGUUCGUGCAGUAUUUGAACGAGAUUCUUUUGAAGGAAGAGUCGAUUGGCCGCAAUGACCUAAAGAAAGAAGCCAUAAUUGCGUUGGCCGAGAUUUCGAAGUAUAAACCACGCUUGAUUAUGGAUAUUACAUUCCCAGCUUUUGUGGCGACGCUCCCCGACUCUGCCGAUGAGACUGAUACUAGCUAUCUCCCGACAUUGGAAAUUCUGGCUCAAAUAAGUGUCGAGAAAGCUAUUUUCGAGACAUUGGUUCGAAGGCUACUUAACAAGCUAUCUCUGCUGCUGCAGAGGGAGCAACCGGGAUCUCCCGCUUAUCCAAGAGCAAUCCUGCUGACUAUAUUCCACGUUAUGAACCAAAGGAAGAUGGAGGAGGACUCUAGCAUAGAGAUGUAUUACGACAAGAUCGUGGUUGCAACCUGUCGCAGUGCCGCGUCUGCAGCUUCGGGCAAAGCGCAAAAUAGUAUCCUGGGUGACCCGACAGUUCUGGAUAUCCUCGGAAGACUAUGUAACCUCAUUGUCAGGUCACUUCCAAGGACGAAGCAAGAUAAGGUUGCGGAAAAUGUCUACACAUUGUUUGCGUCACCCUCUGAUUUCGAGCCUGUACCCUUUGCUGCAGCAACUGUAGACCAGCAACGUACGAUGAUUCUCUCCACUUAUCUUCUGGCAGGCCUACCAGUGGAAUGCACACUGCCCUACAGUACCCCCAAUAUCUCCAAUCUCCUGUCAGACAUCAUGAAGAGAUCCGUGAGUGGGAGUGAACCCGCAACUCAACUGGCCAUCUUGCGCCAUAUUGCACUUCUCACAAACAAAUUCCUCCCCAAAUCCGAACUUGGAAAUGCCACUGAGCUCUUCGAAUCUCUCCUCUGCACCAGCCCAGCAGAGCAGAAGCUGAACCCCGAAACCAUCCAAACCAUCUUCUGGCUCGCCAAAGCCCUGAUUCUCAGACUCGCCCCCAGCACCAGCCAAGUCUUGACCUCACUCUUGAGCCUUCUCACAUCCCCUGACGAAACCACCAGCACAACUGCCGCCCGAGGCUUCGCCAUCCUCCUCAAGGACGACGACGUCCUCUCCCUCGCUAAUGGCGCCAACAUACGCCUUCUAUCCAAGCAGCGCGUCUUUACCACCCUUGUGCCUCUAAUUUCCACCAAAAUACGUGAAAUCAACAUCUCAGGCAGUAACGAAAACAUAACAAAAACCCCGGAACACAUCAAACCUGCCCACCUCACAGCUCUGUCCGGAAUUUUAUCCACCAUCUCCCCAACCCUCGUCAUGCCCGAACUCCCCACCCUCCUCCCUCUCCUCCUCCAAAGUCUCGACCUUCAAACCGAAGACUCCAACGCCGUGCGUGCCGCAACCCUCGAAACCCUCGCCGUCAUCAUCCGCGAGAACGGUGUCUCCGUCAUCGAGGAAUGCGGGCACGUCGAGAGCCUCGUCACCCGACUCCUAAAGACAGCAGAGCACAAGCCUUCCUCCAAGGGAUAUUCCGCUGGUGCUGCCCCUCCCGUUGUAAACGCCCCCCGUUUGCGCGUUGACGCUUUGAAAUGUCUUUUCCUUCUGGCUCAGCCGCCCAACGCAGAAAAUGCCCCUGCAAUUGCCAAGGCGGGAAAGCUUUCUCCCUUGCUGCCAAUUAAGAACCAGGUUCUGCGGUCUUUGCAGGCUGUGCUUGAUGAUCCAAAACGAGACGUGCGUAAAAUGGCUGUUGAUGCUCGUGGUGCUUGGUUGAGAGGUGUUGAUGAUGCGCCAGAUGAUGAUGAGUGAGCAAGUGAGUCAGUGUAGGUCGGCAGGUCGUUUCGUAUGUUUCUAUAUACUAUAAAAGCGUUUUGUUAUCUAUUGCUAUCAUGUAUGGAAGGAGUAGAUGCGAGGCCAUUAGGGCAUAUAGAAUUUACACUGUUGGAGUUUGUUUGGAGAGUUGGUGGUGCGUUGCUUUUGUCUUCGUCUGCGAUUGUCCCUCAUCUGGACGAUAUUUGCGUGCGCAAGAAACCAUAAUGCAUUUCAAGUAUCUAGAUCAAUGGAACUACAAGAAGAACUGAAG